UGAGCGAGAGAGGGAGAAGUACGGAGCGCGUUGAAGAAAGAGGGAAGGGGAGGGGAAGAGCACGGAGCGGGAUGACGCCUUGUCGAGGGCGCGAUUACUCCCAGAGCAUCUGGUUUGGGAGCGCGCUCUCGCUCGCGUGUAUACCUACCGCUCCGAGCGAGUAACUUUCUUUCUCGAUCGCGCCGCCAACGGCUCGGUCGCCUCUCAACUGUCGUCAGUCGCGGCUUUCGCACGUGCGCGCUCGGGAGGGGUUUGCCCGAUUGUCGUCGUCGUCCUCUCGCAGUGGCGGGCGCCGCCGUUGCCAUUUAGCGCUCCGCGAGAACUUGUGCAUUGCUUUUUUUUUUUCUUUCCCGUUCGUUUAUUACUGUAUUCUCCCCCUCUUCUCCGCGUAGAUUUUUCUCUUCUUAUUUGUGCCCAGUGAUAGCGGACGCCUGUGAACUCUGUCACAGCGAGCAACACGAGCUCGGCGAAGAGGGUGUUCAACGCUUUCGUCGUCUCGAAACAUCGAGGAAGAUAUCGUACAUUUCCAACCUUCAGUGAUUGGAUACCUUUCUUUGUUUUUUUUUUUAAUUCUGCACUCCGACUGAGGAUUGGUAUGGAGGAGGUGCUUGUCUAGCUUCAAUUGACGGUGUGUGAGACCAUCUGUGAGAUGACCGCACGUUUCUCGAGCCAGCCUUCUCAGGACUGAGUAGGACGGGAGGAGAUUCUCCUUCGCCAUUGUCGUGUCUAAAGAUGAGAUGCCUACGAAGAAGCCUGCUAUGCGCGGUGCAUCGGACUGGGUUCCGGGAGAACAGCUCGUUAGCCGCUGCGGCAGCCGAGAAGCAACGUCCUGUGGAGCACGAUGUGUGCCCCGUACACGGCGACAAGCUACAGCAGUUGCAAGGCAUCAGAAGCCGACCAGCCGGCGCUAUCAGCGACACCGCAAGGCCGUUCCACGAGAUUCCUGGCCCUAAACCAUUGCCGCUGAUCGGAAACAUCUGGAGAUACCUGCCACUUAUAGGCGAUAUGGACCUGACGCGGAUGCAUCGGAACGCGCAGAAGCUGCUCGACCGGUACGGCCCUCUGGUGCGAGAGGUGGUCGUGGGCGACCGCGUGGUCGUGCACGUGUUCGACCCGCGCGACAUGGAGCACGUGUUCCGCCACGAAGGGCGCUACCCGGCGCGGCUCUCGCACCGGGCCCUGCUCAAGUACCGUCGCGAGCGGCCGCACAUGUACAGCAGCGGAGGGCUGUUUCCUACGAAUGGCGAAGAGUGGUUCAGGCUACGGCACAUGUUCCAGAAGCCGCUCAUGCAACGGGACGCCAUGUCUGCCUACAUUGACGUCUUGCAAGAUGUCACCCUGGACGUCGCCAACCUGGUACGGCAAACGCGGGAUAGCAGAACGCUUGAAGUUGAAGACUUCCUCAAGGAGCUCUACCAGUGGGCCCUGGAAUGCACGGGAGUGCUGGCGUUGAACACAAGGCUGGGCUGCCUUCAGCGAGGUUUAAGCAGCGAGUCGGAGCAACAGCGGCUCGUGGAGGCCGCGUCGGAGACGCACCGCAUCAUCAUGGUGACGGAGAACGGGCUGCCUUUCUGGAAGUUCUGGAACACUCCCGCCUACCGGAAGCUGGUCCAGUCGCAGGACUUCAUGGCCAGUGUAGUCAGCAAGUACCUGGAGAGGACGAAAGUGGCGGAUGAGAACGUCGAAACCGGAAGGGAGCUCACCGUGCUCGAAAAGUUCCUGUCUACGCCUGGAGCCGACCUCAAGGAUGUCUUCGCCAUGAUACUCGACAUGUUCCUAGCCGGCAUCGACACGACAGCGUACUCGACCACAUUUAUCCUCUACUACCUGGCAAGGAACCAGCGGUGUCAAGACAAGCUGGCUCUGGAGCUAGGAACCCUGCUUCCCACCAAAGACUCCAAGCUCACCAUGGAACAACUUCAUGAGGCGGUGUACCUCAGAGCCUGUAUUAAGGAAAGUCUAAGACUAAGCCCCAUCGCGAUAGGCAUCGGCCGGGUCCUUCCAGAAGACAUCGUGCUCUCCGGAUACAAUGUUCCUGCAGGGACUGUGCUCAUCAUGCACAACCAAGUGGCCUGCCGCCAGGAGAACAACUACCCGGAGCCCGACGCAUACUGGCCCGAGCGGUGGCUGAAGGAGCGUAGCGAGGGGGGCCGGGCGCACCCGUUCACUCAGCUGCCGUUCGGUUACGGACCACGGAUGUGUAUCGGCAAGCGCUUCGCCGAGACCGUCAUGUGCCUGCUCGUGGCCAGGAUCGUUCGAAACUUCGUCUUGGAGUACAAACACGAGGAUCUCGACUGCUUCACGCGGCUCAUCAACGUGCCAGACAAGCCGCUCAGAAUGACCUUCAUCGACAGAAAUUCAUGAGCCCCGAGCGCUAAACACCCGUGCGGGGGUUUUAAAAUCCUCCCAACGCUUCCUAAUGAGGAAAUAUUUUCGUCAUGUGUGCUGCCUGACGACGGAAGCAAGUCCAGCCAGCGCGCCUUCGUCGACUCACCGCUUUCGCCGAAGAUGAACUAAUGGAAGCACGCAGUGACAACGCAAUCAGAGGUUGCAGCCCUUCCGUGUUUAGCUCAACGAUGACAAAGAAAAACGCACACCGACCAAGCAAAGCUGAACGAUCGAUCGCAGUGCCCGGGGCCGUGCCGUGGUGGGGAAGAGUGUGAAUUCGCUUUCAUGCUUGACUCCCAUGUGUCUCACAGCCACCAGCUAGCGCUUGUUGUUUACGUUCACAUUGUUGAAGAUCGAAUCCAGGCCAAGGCGGCCGUAUUUAGAUGGGGGCGAAAUGCGAGAACACCCGCGUACUUAGAUUUAGGCGCACGUUAAAGAACCCCAGGUGGUCUAAAUUUCCGGAGUCCCCCACUACGUCGUGCCUCAUAAUCAGAAAGUGGUUUUGCCACAUAAAAUCCCAUCGUUUAAUUUUUAAUUUUAACGUUGUUGAAGAUCGUUUGAGACUACAGUGAGUCAUCAGGACUCCCAAAAUCACUCGUCUUAGUGGUUCAGCGGCAAUGCUUAUCUGCUGUAGGACACGAGGUCGCGGGUUCGAAUUCCGACCCCGUAGACCAUGCGCCAGUGAACGAGCAUGGCGCUGAACAGUAUACAGCGUCUUAUUAACUUCAAGUAUAUCUAUGGCGACACCUUAAACUUAAUUGACGGAAGCCACCAGUGCACGUUGGCGCAUUGCGGCACAAACCUGCAUGUUAUACAAAGCACGAAAUUGCCAUUCAGCCAUCUCGUGCAGAACUGAAAGUAAAGCUGCAGCCGCAGCUGCCGUGCUGACGUUGCAGUCUUUGCAAACUCUGGGACUCGUGAGAGUGGACGUGCCUGACAAAUCUCGCGCCCGCAGUUUCAAGACCAAGCACUCGAUUCCGGUGAUGUGUUGUGACAGUCCAGUUAUGUGCGCCAAAAAGUGUUACUUGUUUAGCCUAUGUAUACAAACUAACGCCCAUCAAAUAGAAGGAAACAAGCUGGUUGAGCGGUUUAUUCAUCCUUCAUUGCGUGUGUUUUUAGUGCCAUAGGGCAUAAUUCUUCUAAACCUUCUUAUUUCCUUUCCGUUCUUGGAUUUACGCAUUCAGCAUCGAUGAAGGAAAAAUACGAUUUUCUGGAGUUUAUUUAUUUAUUGUUUUUUUUUUUUUUUGCUGAUGAGAAGACUGGAACACAUGAAUCCGAAUAUGUCGUCGUUAAAUACACUGCACGUCAGACUGGAAAUGUCUUUCUUUUUUAAUCUGAAGAAAUGCGGAGGGUAGCCCAUUUCACAAGGGCUCGUCAGUUUCGUGUGGCCAUCUAACGUCUAGAUAAUAGGGCAGCUUGGACUGUACCUUUGUAUCUGUUGAAUGUCAUGCAAUGUGAACGGUAGAAGUCGCAACCACACAUGCCACGGAGUGACCUACUCAGCUUCAGUAGAACGACGUUAGCAAUUGGCUAGUUUCGGCGCACUUCUUUACAGCUACUUUCGCAUAACAGCAGACCUCCGCGAGCGUAGUACAACCAUAAUACUCUGAGUGCACUAUAGAAGCCGCCCUGUGUCAAAACUUUAAAGUAUGUGCUUGAACGACAGUGCAGUCAAAUCAAAGACAAUAUUUGGCUUGUGAUCAUCUCGUAAUGUGUCUCCGGUCUUACGUCGGUGCCUUUAUAACAUAUGCUCGUUGUGUAUCUGCAACAGGCAGGAGCUACGAAGACAUCUUUAAAUAUAAUGAGCACGAGAACAUGUACAAUUUUUGCCUCUCUUUUAACACAUUCGAAUACUUUUUAGGAGCGCGGAAUAUUGCUCUUGACUGGACCAGUAUUAAUCUACAUUUUUUAUCAGGAGGUCCUCGUUAUGAUGAAAUCCUCUGUGAAGGUCAGAGUUAUUUAACCUCAGUCAGUUACAUUUCAUUCUUGCGAGAAACUCGUCAAGGUCGGUUGCUGGUUAUGGAGGUACGUUACUGUACAAGAGGUCGCGAGCUCGAUUCUGUGUCCCCAGGAUUUCGGAACCUGCACUCGUCGGGCGAUAUUUCGGUGAUGGCCACGCGGACCGCCGUAACUGAGUGGGGAAAACAAAAAAAAAAAUAUCUCUCGGACAAAAUUAGUUAUCGAAAACGACUCGCGGUUAUACACACUAGGAAUCCACUGGAGCUUUCUGGCGAAAUUCUAGUAGCGUGCUGCGCAGCACGUAGGUUCCUCAGACAUUUGAAUAUUUUACUACGGAGCCUAUGGGAGAGUCCCGUUGGCUCUAUCGUGAAAUAUUCGAUUGCCUUGGGAGUCUAGGGGAUCUGCGGCAAGCUACUGGAAGUUCACCAGAACGCCCAAGUGGGUCGAUCUCUAGUAUGUAUAACGGCGAGUAAUUUUCGAUAACUGAUUUUAUCGUGAAAUGUAAUUAUUUUUUUACUUUUCCCCAUACAGUUACGGCAGUCCAUGUGGUCACCGCCGAAAGGUCGCCCGACGUGUGCCUGUUCCGAAAUUCUGGGGAUGCAGGAGGUCGAAUGUGCAGGAGGUCGCGGUUCUCUCCAACCACACUGCGAUGGGGGAGAACUGCGAAAACAUUUGCGUAUAGAGAUUUGUCUGCUAUUUGACAAAUAAUUAGUCUUUUUUUGAGAAGUCGACAAACACUGACACCAAGGACAACAUAGGGGGAAAUUACUUGUGUUUAAUUUUUAAGCCAACAAACACUGACACCAAGGACAACAUAGGGGAAAAUUACUUGUGUUUAAUUGGGUAUUUAUGUGUCCUAGUAGAACCCUGGGAGUGUUAGCCAGCGCCAUCACUCACAUACCUUGGCGGCGGACGUGGAACGUCCUUCUUGCCGCAGGCGUCACGAGAACGUGAUCUUUUUGGGUGAAGGCAACUGGUCAAUAAACCCACACAUGCUACCUGAAGGCAUCAAGGUUGCCGGAUUCGAGACCCUCGUUAUGUAAUAAACGGUCUAAAUAAUAAACGGGACCCUCGGUUAACCCUCUCUCUUCUCGUUUUCGACAAAUAAUUACGAUUCGAUUUUAAGACAUGCACAGAUAGAGAGAAAAAGAGAAUGAACAGGCUGGCCGCUACCACUGGGAGGGGCACAGUGCCUGCCCAGUCUUCAGAAACUAUGCGGGAUAGAAACAUAGAACUGCAAUAUAGGAAGAAGGCAGAAGGAACAAGAUAACAAAUCACAAAAAGCUAUAGUAAAACGACAAAGGAUGGAGAAAUUGCGUGUCGUUGUAGUUACCCUAAAUACCACGACUACGACCUUCCACACAGUUCAUUAGUGACUGGGACGUUGGAGCUUAUGAAUGAAUCACGUUAAACAAUCCAGUCGGCUCUUGUGAUCGAUUUUAAUGAUCGAUUUUCCCAUUUUCACGCAGUAAACAAAGAAUCGCUCUUUUCCAGCUAUGACCUUAGACAAGGGUCGUUGCCUUAUUCGUAUCUCUCUGGCUGGCGCAACAAAUUGCGUAUUUUCAAUUUUCGGGACGUUUGUAUGUGUGGUAGGCAAUAAGAGCGGGAUGAUAAAAGACCUUCGCUUAAUAUAAUUGCUGUCACAGAUCUACAUCAAUGCUCUAACUGGAUUACAGCAUGCAAAUAAGUUUAUCUUGCAUACCACAGUGGAAAGCUGUAUAUAUACGGGGUUUAUUUUUACAUUGUACUAUAGUUACGGGUCGCAUAGUAGACCUGUAGGAAUAAAAUGUGUGCUACGUUAAAAAAAAGUUUGAAAAUUCAUGUGCAGGAAAGUCAACUUCCUGCAAUUCUAUCACUGAUACAAGAAUACUAAUUUAUUGCUUUAUUACACCUAACCAUUCUUUCAUUUGUUUCAAAAUUUGCCCACGUCAGUUUCUUCAUGGCAAGGCUCAAAAUAAAGCUGCACAUCCACACCAAUAAAAAUAAACACUCGUUGCAACAUUCACAAGGACACGGUUUGCUGCUCUUCUCCUUGUCGGCAUGGAUCAGCGCACCCGACUCCAAACUUUGACUUCAAAGCCAAGUUGCACUGGAAUCUCAACAGCGAUUAACGUGAACCAUCAUUACAUGACUUUGCCUCCAACAUCGCGUACAGGAGCUCGCUAAUGUUACACAUGCGAAAGUUAUUCUCGGCAAGCUAAAAUUAAGAUGACGGUGAUUAAAGAGGCACCAGUUUACUGUUUAGCGAGCUUAACUGAACUUCUUGUUGAUGGCAAAAUUGGUGAACGAGAUAACAGCAGUUCAUUUGGCCUUCCAGAAGCUCAAAAACCGCGUUGAAAGACUAGUGUGCUGCCUUACCUAAUUAAGCUUACCCGUGUUGUAACUAGGACUAAUCCAACCUAACUACUGAAGAUUAUGGUACAGCGCCGAUUAAUUCGAUCACGUCGGCAAUUGCGAUGAGGUAAUCUCCGAAAAAGAAAGGGAGGGAAAAAAUGAAAAGAA